AGAACUCCAAAGACAUUUUUACACCUAACCAUAUUCAAUAUAUAAUUUUAAACUUUAUAUAUUUCCUUCCUGGCCAACGUUUUAUAAUAUAUAAAACAAAACAAAUCCACCAUCAAUUCUCUAUAUAACUCUCUGCUCCUCUGCAACUUCAUCGAUCGAACCAAACAUAAAAAAAGAAUGGGGAAGAGCAAGGUUCUUGUUGUUGGGGGCACGGGUUAUAUUGGGAGGAGACUUGUGAGGGCAAGUUUAGCGCAGGGACAUAUAACUUAUGUUCUUCAAAGGCCGGAGAUUGGCCUCGACAUCGAUAAGCUUCAAAUGCUUUUGUCAUUUAAGAAGCAAGGGGCUCGCCUCAUUGAGGGCUCGUUUUCGGAUUUCGGUAGCCUUGUUGAAGCUGUGAAACAAGUUGACGUGGUGAUUUCCGCCAUGUCUGGGGUGCAUUUUCGGAGCCACAACAUUAUGUUGCAGCUGAAGCUUGUUGAGGCUAUCAAAGAAGCUGGAAACGUUAAGCGUUUCUUGCCUUCAGAAUUUGGAAUGGAUCCGGCACGAAUGGGAAAUGCAAUUGAACCAGGAAGAGUAACAUUUGAUGAGAAAAUGGUAGUGAGAAAGGCAAUAGAGGAAGCUAAAAUCCCAUUCACUUAUGUUUCUGCUAAUUGUUUUGCUGGUUACUUCGCCGGAAACCUUUCUCAACUUGGCACGCUCGUCCCCCCGAAAGAAAAGGUUUUAAUAUAUGGGGAUGGCAAUAGCAAAGUUAUAUUCAUGGACGAAGAUGAUAUAGCAACAUAUGCGAUUAAGACAAUAGACGAUCCUCGUACGUUAAAUAAAACAGUGUACUUGAGGCCACCAGAGAACAUUCUUUCCCAAAGACAAUUAGUGGAGAUUUGGGAAAAGCUGAGCGGGAAGAAACUAGAGAAAGUUCAUAUUUCUAAAGAAGACUUCCUGGCCUCCAUGAAAGAUACGGACUAUGCAGGACAAGUGGCAAUAGGACAUUUCUAUCAUAUAUUCUAUGAAGGUUGUUUAACAAACUUCGAAAUUGGUGAAGGCCAAGAAGAAGCUUCAAGGCUUUAUCCUGAGGUGAAAUACACCAGGAUGGAUGACUACUUGAAGCAAUUUUUAUGAAGAUCUUAUAUUUCUGCAGUCAGCAGUUCAUACAGUAAGUAAUAUUAUAAGUAAUAAAAUUAAGUUUUCAAAUUU